UAUACAUAUAUCUGGAGUGUUGACGUAAAGACAUGCUCGCUCGCCUGGUUGGAAGGUUUGGCAAUACAUUUUUCUAAUUCGAUGGCAGAUAAAUUAUCUCGGGAGACACCAAUGGCUAAUGAUAAUAAUUCAUCUGGAGAAAAAGAUAUGGAGUUAGAUUUUCAAGAAUUAUCAAGUGACCAAGACAUUGUUUCUCGUAUGACCAAAUUCAAUGAAGCUGUCAAUGCAAUAGAAGAGGCUUUUAAGUUUUCAGAAGAUCCAGAAUUGUACGAAAAACUCACAAAUGAACAGAAAAUUAAAUACAAUCAUCUCUUGUCAUUCAGUCUCAAUGGUUUAUAUUGGAUGUACUUGAGAGCAGAAGGUAUUGAUCCCAACAAUCAUCAAAUCAAAGCAGAGAAUGAGCGUUUAAAGCAGAGUAUGGCUAGAGCCAAGCAAAUUCACGAUAGAAACACAAUCAUGCCCAGAUUAAACGUGGACGCUGCUCAAAGAUUUAUUAGAAGUGGAUUGUGGACACCAGUGCAAAAUCAAAAUGAAGUUGAAGUAGUAAACUCGGGCGAAAAUUGGGAUAAAUGAUAUGACAUCUACAUUUUCUUUCUUUUAUUUUUUCGUCAUCGACUGUGUUUGCUGAAUUAUUAAAUCGGAAAUUAGAGUUUAUCGUAUGAUAGCUUUCAUCAUUGUCGUAACCAUGUAUUAUACUUAUUUUUAUAACAUGCGAUACAAAUAUAUUUUGUAAUAAACUCCGAA